CAAAUCAAAUUAUUGAAAGAAAACCACAAAGUAAAGAUGAAGGGAAUCAUCAUUUUGACCAUUGUAGUUUUGGCCAUGAUUCAGCUCAUGUUUGAGCCCGGACAAGCACUCACUUGUGGACAAGUAGACGCUUCUUUGGCACCGUGCAUACCAUACCUUACGCAAGGAGGUGAGCCAGGUGCAGCUUGCUGCAGUGGGGUGAAAAGCCUGAAAGGAAUGGCUCAAACCACAGCUGAUAAAAAGGCAGCAUGCAAUUGUGUCAAGGAGGCUGCUAACCGGUACGCAAGUCUUAAAGAUGAUGCAGCACAAGCUCUUCCCAGCAAGUGUGGUGUCACCUUGGAUACCCCUAUCUCCAGAAACGUUAACUGUGAUGCCAUCAGUUCUUAAAACACAGGAGGAAAACUAUGAGCACACACGCAUCUGCAAGAAAAUAAAAAGGAUGACAUCUCAAUGACUCCUUAUAGGCUUAUACGUCUACCGUCUACCUAUAUUGUACUUCUUUUCUUGUAUAUGUAAAAUAAAUGGUUCUGGACUUCAUGACAUCUGAGAGCCAUUUUUCAGUACUACUACUCUAAGCUUCAUAAAGUUAUUCAAGCUUUGUUAUGCGGAU